UGCAUCAAAAUGGAGUCAAUGUGAAUGAAAACAAACAGACCUGAGCUUCUGAGGCUACUGUGCCCGUCUGCCUGAGCUCCUGACCGAUAUCCUAGUCCUUGAAUCAUCUUAUUUUCUUGAAGGACCGUGACAAGUACUGAAGGAUGGAAAAUGUGUCCUCGAUAGUCUGUGAGGAAGACAUUACAGGACAUGAUUUACAUUCAAAUCGACCUGAAGAUGUUCCAGUCUCUGAAAGUAAAUGUUCUGAAAUCAAAGUAAAAGAAGAGCCCCGUUCUGAUUGUUCUGGGGAUGAAAAUUGCUCUUGUGAUCAUGAGGUUAAGACAGAACCGCUGGAGGAGGGUAUGACUGAAAAUAGUUUUGGUGUUGCUUUGAAUGUGGAGGGCGUGGUGAAACCUCGAAAUGUUUCUGAGAGGGAGUGGCAAGAUUUCUCAAAGAUUGGAAAGACUGAAGAGCAAAUGAGAGACGAUGAGGAGGUAAAUGCUGCACCCGAACUGAGUGGAAAUUCCAGCAGGCUGGCUGAAAAGUUCCCAUUGCUGUCGUCGUUUAUGAAGAGUUUACAGCUCAUGAAUGGUGGUUCAGAACUGCUUAAUGCCGCUAGCCGAAACAACUUAUCAUAUGAUGCUCCAACGAAUCCUGCUGAUGAGGACCUGUCAAAUGAAGAGGAAACUGGUUCACCAACUGAAAAUUUGACUGUCUUUUUUAGUGAGCGGGAUGCAGACUCAAGCUCUGACAAGAUUUAUCCAGUGCGAGAUAUGACCCCCCACAUCGGCGAAUCCCAUGGACUUGGUUUCAGUCCAUCAAGGAGCAAUAAUUCACCUCUGUGGUGUGAGCCUAGUACCUCCACUGCCUCAUUCUUCAAGGAGGAAAAGGGUGAAAACAUGGGACAAGAGCAGAACAAGAAAGACGAAGGUCAUGCACGACUCGAUACAACACUCCGGUUAAAACAACUUCUUCUGAAGCGUGCUGGAAGUAAGACAUCUCUCGACAAUGUUUUUUCUGAUGGGAAAAGUAACCUAGUAAGUCACGAAGAACAAUGUGCAUUGGAGAAGACGGGAGGAAAGCUUGUGAAACCUGGAAGGGAUGGUUCGCAAUUAAUUGAAAAACUUGGCUUAAAUCAUCUGCAAACAGUGAAAAAAAAGAGAGGUAAGGUGCACAAGUGUGAUGUUUGUGAUGCGGUGUUCAGCCAGAAGAAAGACUUAAAAUAUCACAGCUUCAAGCACACAGGGGAGAAGCCUUACAGAUGUGACGUGUGUGACGCCAGGUUUAGGAGGGCCAACGCCCUGACACGACACACCUUGAUUCACACAGGGGAAAAACCCUACAGGUGCGAUUUGUGUGAUGUAAGGUUCAGACACAACAACGUAUUGAAACGACACAUCUUGACACACACGGGAGAAAAACCUUACCAGUGUGAUCUUUGUGAUGCGCGGUUUACCCAGAAAAGCAAGUUGAAAUGCCACAUUUUAAAGCAUAAAGGAGAAAAACCUUUCACCUGUGAUGUUUGUAAUAAAGAUUUUUAUUGCAACAGUAAAUUAAAACGACAUGCUUUAGUACAUAGCAAUAAAAAACCAUUCAAGAUCUUCACCUGUGAUGCGGAGAUGAAAGCUGAUGCCGUAGAAAAGCAGGGCUUGUUACAAACUAAGAAAAAAGCAUAUAAAUCUGAUACAAACCUCAAGACUAAUAUCUUAAAACAAUACUCUUUGAUACCAACUGAAAAUGAACCGAUCAAGUCUGAUGUUAACUUCAAGGCUAUUAGUAAUAUCUUCCUACCUGCUGCUUUGAAACAGAUUGAAGAAAAACCUUUCAAAUGUGGUCUUUGUGAUGCUAAGUUUAGCCUUAGAAGUAGCCUAAAACAGCAUGGCUUGGUGCACAUGGGAGAGAGACCUUUCAAGUGCGAUGUGUGUGACGCGAGAUUCAAGAGGAUGAACACUCUGACAAGACACAAGUUAACACACACAGGAGAAAGACCUUAUAAGUGCGACAUAUGUGGCUCAAGAUUUAGCCGUAUUUCCACUUUCCGAACGCAUGUGUUUAUUCACACGGAGGAAAAGCCCUACAAGUGCGAUGUGUGUGGCGCUGGAUUUACCUCGAGAUAUGACCUGAAGGUUCACACCUCCAGACACACGGGAGAGACGCCUUACAAGUGCAACGUUUGUCGUAGAAAAUAUUACGGUAAAGCUAGAUUUAAAAAGCAUGCCUGCGUUCGGACAGUGGACAAGCCUCGUAAGUGUGCUGUGUGUGGCUCUGUGUUCACGAAUAAUGCCACCCUGAGACAGCACACCUUAAUCCACAUAGGAGACAAACCUCAUAGGUGUGACGUUUGCGGGAAAAGUUUCCGCCAACAGAGUACCUUACGACAGCACACCUUGAUACACACCGGAGAAAAGCCACAUAAAUGCGUUGUAUGUGAUGCCAGAUUCAGGAAGAGACAUACAUUGAAAAGACACUUUUUGAUGCACACUGGAGAAAAACCAUACAGGUGUGAUCUGUGUGGCGCUUCGUUUUCUCGUUUGGAUCACACAAAGCUUCAUAUUUCCAAACAUUUAGCGUAGUAGGUCUCAUAGAGUGAGAGGUUUUAGUGGCCAAAUGUGUUCAGCUGUUUAAUUUUUACAAAGAAAUGUUCUUCUAUAUGACCAAAGUGGGUUUUUGGUGGGUGCUCUAGUGCGCUUUGUCUCUACUUUCCUAUCAGUCGUCUUGUGUCCUCUCUCCUCCUUCUUUGUGUUUUUUACUCUCUUGUAAUACAUCUAAUCUUCGGUUUUUAUAAGACUCAAACUGGAAGUUGUUGAAAUGAAAAACCACACAUCAUAAGUAUUUUACUUCAUGCGAAAAGUUCUGAGUUUUUAACGGUGUGGCCAGCUGCUGGCAGUUGAGUUGACGAUUAUUAAAUUUUACAUCCUCUGGAUCCUGACCUUCCAAGACGUUUGAAGCCAACUGCCAGUUUUCACUGUUUCAUCAUAGAAUCUGAAAUGGAAAGCUUAAAAUUGUAAAGCCCUAUCUGUUCUUUCCUGGAAAUGCCAAGGCUUUUGGCAGUUCUGCGAUAGAUCAGCCAGGACUGAACAACACAAACAUCCAAUAAAUGGAAGAUGAUCCUCAUGUACCACUCUUUGGAUCUCAUUCCACUUCUGUACAGCGACACAAGCAUGUCAAGUAGAUCAACUCCACCCAUAUGCUUGUUAUAAAUGUCUAUUAUGUUUUAUUGCGGAACAUCAAUAUAUUGGCUUUUCGCCUUAUCCCAUCUCCUUGUUGUCUUUUGAGGUUCGAUGGCUGCAUAUGUUGAAACGAGUGUGACAGCUUAGUUGUCAUACCACCGAACAACAUUGAGAGGUGUGCCAGAAAGUGAAGCUGUAUGCAAUAUAGAAUGCCUUCUUUCCUCUUUUUUCAUCUCUUUGUCGCUAGGAAGAGUAGGGCCACGUCCAAAAAGUCUAUCACUCCGAACAGUACGAACAGGUGCAAUUUUGUCCAUCCACAGACCGAAUAAUAGGGGCAAACCAGUAAACCAAUUAUUGAAAAAGAGUUUGUGCCAGAUGCCUGUUGGGAUAGGCUUCAUCGGCCUAAGCGCGAUGUUCCCAGUUGCUUUCAAGUCUGGCUUCCUUUCAACGGGAAGAAUGAUGCCGCAAUAAAAUUCUAUAUAUUAUUGUGAAUGACACUAUCGACGCUUGUAAGAAUGUAGACUUUGUAUCCCCACUCUUUAGAUUUUUUGGGAUUGCAUGUCUAAGGGACGAUUUUCCAAUGAAAGGGAUUAUCUGUUCAUCGAUGAUAAGGUAUUCUUUCGGUGUUUGUUGUUUAAAAUUUUCAGUAAGGGAAUCAAUCAGGGGCCUUACCUUGAAAAGUUUGUCAUUUUGUUAUUGUCAUUUACUUGCAAAUUUGAUUUUAUUUCCUCGAACCUGUUUUGUGUCAUAAUGUCAGCCUCUUGGCUUACUCUAGUUUCUUUGCCCCUGUACAUUUUUGUGUUUGGUAACUUCGCUACACUCUUUAAAGUUCAUACCAAAGAAGUGUUCCAUUUCCUCUUUAGAAAGUUUUAAACUUUUGUUCACAUUUUUUUUUUGUGAGGCAUACAAAUUAGACUGUACCAUGAGGUUACAUAAAACGUCAUCUUCUAAUAAGUUUCUAAAAUGGUCAUCGGGCUCUCGUAUGGAUGAUUCAGAGCUCAUCCUAUUGGCGAUAAAUUCUUGUGAAUUUGUCGAAAGGUCGUCAAAAUCCAGUCAUCGCCACUGAAGCUUUCUUAGUACCUCAAGAGCAGGGAUCGCCUGACCAGAAGUCGAAGGCGCUGUUGAAGCAGACGUAGCUACGACGAGGGAGGCAUAGUGUUUCCUUGAAGACGAGAUCGGGCAGAGGCUGUAGUUGAAGAUUGGGCAGAGGUUGAGGGUUUCUGAAUUGAAUAGGACACCAUAGGUUGUUCAGCAAUACCCACCGGGAUGAAAUCUGGUUCUUGAUCUGUCUGAAAAUCAGAUAAAUCUGAACCUUCAUCUGUCGAAAAAAAAAUUGAUGGAUUUGUGAAUCAAAGUAAUUAUCAAUCAUUUUCUAAACAAGUAUUAUAUUGUCCAGCAAUUUCACAAUCUUCCUCUGAGGUGUUCUUGCUGCAGGCGUCAGAUGUUUACUCGACUGUGAACCAUUCACAGUAAGGGUGUAGACUUCGUUGCCGUAAGUGGAGUCUGUUUCGUCUGAUUUGCCACAGGGGUGUCUGUAUCAGGUAGGACCUCUCAUUAGCCCUUUGGUCUGAGCUGAGUCUGUUGUGUUGGAUUCUUCCUAUGGCCUUUCUUCUGCUGUGAUGAGUGUGACACUCUGUGGAGUUCACUCGACUCUCUUUGUAUUGUCUGUAAUUGUUUUUUUGAGGACUCAAUUGACCUAGCAAUGUCAAUACAUUUGGACAGAGUAAGCUUUGCUUCUUGAAGUAACUUGCGUCUUGUCGCAUCGCAUGUGACUCCCAUAAUGAUCCUGUCCCUGAUCAGACUUUCCUCCAACUCUGAGAAGUUACAUGUUUUUGCAAGUUUUCUAAGCUCGGUUAUGUACACAUGUACUUGCCUACAGAUUCACCAUCUUGCUGGUUACGGCUGUUAAAAACGAAUCUUUCAUAUGACUCAUUUGUCUCGCCGAUACAGUAGGUUUCAAAGGCAUCCAUAAUCUUCUUGAUGUCUUUGUCUUCAUCUAACUUGAAGCCGUCAUAUAUGUCCAUGGCCCCUCUGCCUAUACAGGACAGCAAUGUUGCUACUCUCACUUCUUCUAUCUCUGCUGACAGCAGUUUGCUUGCUAUCUCAUAGUUUUUCCAAUCCCUGUGAAAAACUUUCUUAACAUUGAAGUUUCCAGUCAACACUAAACAUCUUGGAAUAGGAAUCUGUCUUUCUUGAGUAGCCAUCUCUACAGUUGUAAAAAUCAAGGAAAACAACUCUGUAACCUUGUUCAAGGUGCAAGUUUCCUCGGUUAUUUCCCUUGGACCAGAAAUUUGGCGAUGCCUUGUGGCUUUCGUUCAAGCGGCGACAGUCACAGAACACCAAUACUCAUUUUGCUGCUUGUACUUUCUCACGACAGCACCAACAAUGUACUGUACAAUGUUUGAGUCGACGGGUGGCAGUUCCAUCUCCAUGUCUGUAGAGGAAGCCAAGUAGUUGUCACUACUGAAGGAGUUGGUUUCAAUGGGAUCCGCAUGACCAGCUUUUUCUAAACUGCGUUCAACAUAUAAUGGAACGAUAAUGUAAUGGUGUCCGUGCUCACCAUCAGGCUAGCAGUUGGCUCCAGCACUGAUCGUCUUGUCCAAAAGCUCUGAUGUUGCAGAAGAAGAAGACUGGCAAUGGAGUGCGUUGACAUAACCCGGUAUGGUUGGGUGGUUGUUGAAACCAUUGUAGCCACGUUUUUGGCUGUGAAGGUUCUCAACGUGAUCCUGGUUACACUUCCUCAGGCACAAGUGUGUCAAGACCUCCUCCUCCAUAAUCAGCUGUUGGCUCAAUCCCUUCUUUGGUGAAAGCUCCAGGAGCCACCCUUGGUGACUUGGAAUGUUCGUUGCUGGUUUGCUGUUUAUUGGGUUUGUGUAAAACCAGCUUUCAACAUAGUUGAAAAAGGAUGAAAACCGGGCCUGGUCGCCCUCCAAAUCAUUCCUUGCAACCGACUUCUUCCCGACGGGGGCGGAGAGAGAAUGCGAGUCUACAAAAUCCCACAUGCUGUUCACAGUCUCCACAAAGCAUGCUGUGCGAAGAGUGUCUUUGGACAUCAACGACUUUGAAACGUAGAAUUUCAGGGCCGCAGGGACUGAGUGUGAAAAUAUCUGGCAUGCCAAGAUAACGUUUAUAUUUUUAGUCAGCUUGGAAGCAGUGCGAAUUGACCGGCCAGAUGUUUCGAGGGAGAAGAGCUCUUUGAGGUGGCUCCACUUUGCAGUCAUUCUUUCACUAUCCAAGCUAAAGGAGAUGUUUUUCAUCAUGAAAUUGUUCCUCAAGUUUUUGAUGAGAUGUGGUGGAUCUGGCAUGACAAAAGACUUAGUGGUGUCAUGAAACACAUAUGGUCGUUCCACUCACACACACAUUUUUUUCAUCCAUUUCCAUUGGCAGGAUUCUUGGACCCUGAGUCCACUCCAAGUACAAGUUCCUUCCCUUGUAAAUUAUGUAUGGAGGAAGCACUUGGCCACUGCCUGAAACAGCGCAAUCAACUAUUUGUUCUCUCCCACUUCAACCAAUCGCUUGAUUCACACGGGACGCACCCUUGCGAGCGAGAACUAUCUGAGUUUUAGGAUCUGUUUCAGGAUCUUCUGCCCUGGCCCUAGAAUUUGCUUUUUGGAUGACGUGUAAGAAAGUCAUGUAGCCAGUCUGGUCUGGGACGAUUGUCCUUGGAUGGGUUGUCAAUGUUGUUGCCUGAGACAUAACUUUGAACAAUAUCUUUCACCUUUUCUUUCCCAAAUAUCCGGCCUCAUUUUGCAAGCACAAUUAGGCAAUCGGCCAGUUCCUGCUCUGUGCCUGAUGAUAGGACUGUUGUCCUCCCACAGUGAGCGUUCACGGGAAUCUCUCUCCUGACUCGUCGUAGAGACUUUUCUUGUCCACACCAAAGUGUUUGGAAGCCUGAUACGCUGACAUGGUCUUGCCCAUCACUGCAUUAUGUGCUAGUAUCAUUGCCUGGCUUGAUGCAUACGAUUUCCGGCUUCCUUCCUUCCUCUUCUUGUAUGUUCGUACCAUUCUGUGGAUAGGGGGCAAUAAACUCCAUGUUAAAAUUAUGUCUCUAGAGGAUAAAGAGCUUGUUUUCCUCGUGUAAGAAGCUUCAUUUAACUUAAGCAUUACUAUAAGGUGGCAUUUCCUAACUAAAAGUAGAAAUUCAGGGUAGAGAGCAACUUUAAUGAUUAUUUUUAUCGUUCAAAUUCAUUCAUUGGAACUUUUGGCUACUAAUUACUAUAAAAUGAAUUUUGAUACUUCCAUUCACAAAGUAAUAUAAAAAACAUGUAGGCAAACAUUAGGAGAAGGUCAUAAGGUGCAAAUAAAAGCAUGUUUUCCAAAAAUAAAUCUGAAAUGACAAGAAAGUUUAUAAAUCAUCAUGCACUUCACUUUCAUCAUGUUGGUCAUAUCUCAUUAGCACUGGCUGGCAGCACCACGAAAACAGCAAUAAAUGAACUAUUCUUUUCAAUGUAGAGCAACAACUUAUUAAAACAGGUAGAAAUAUACUUACUUAAGGGUUGUGUGUUGAUUUCUGUUAUGAAAAUAGGCUAGGAUUGCAGUAAAACGUUUUUAAAGGCAGUCUGUCUCCACCUGCUAAAAGUUUGUGAUCAUCUUCAGACAAGAAGUUCAAACUGCAAGGAAAGAGGAACUUCCUAAAAGUGCUUAUAUUCAACCAUUCCAUUGGCUCUCAGACCAAAGCUUAGUUCUAAACUGUCCUCUGAUUGGUCAGGCUUCUUUUGAGCCCUGGAGCUUGUUGCCCCAAUGGUUUUGUCAUACAAGUUAUAGAGAAUUAAAAUUAGCAUAAGUAGAAAGUGGGACUUAUUACCCUGUGGGGCUUAUUAUCCCGUCAAACUGUGUACAUUAAGGCUGUGACUUAAGAGGAUAUAUUGGACAUUUUUAAUCCAAGAAAUCCUGACCCACCCCCAUCGAAAAA